GGCUCAGCAUAUUUGUGUGUCACGACUGUAACCUAUCACUUUAAAAGAAAAAAAAAGCCAGCAAGUGACCUUCCUUAGGAACGAGUUGCUAAGUGGGUGUUUUUGCGAAGACUUGGCUGCAGCUUCCCCAGAGCCUGGAGCCGCCCUGGGACCGCCCCAACGUUCAGCCUUUUCCUUUGAGCUCAGAGAAGACUCCACAGUAAGACCUGUCUCUCUCCGCUUCCCCUUCACCCCAAAAAGCGGAAUCUGCCACGUGCCUUGGUGAAGUUUCUUAAGGGAGGAGCCAUCACAGCCAGAAUGGAUCCCAAGGAAGAAAAAAUGAAAAUAAUCACAGAGGAGGUCGUUGAAAAUGAUGAGGAUGUAGGUGUGGGGAGAGAGAAGACUGCAAAGGCUCGCGGACACAGAAGAAAGAGGCAGCCACAGACCACUGACCCCGAGGAAAUGGUGUCUGGCAGAGCCGAUCCCGGUGGCCCGCAGGAGCCGGUGCCGGUGGACCCCGACCCCAACACUCAGCUGCUGGGCACCACGGCCCGGAGAGGCCCUCGAAGCUUACCUCCGAUCCCGUCAGCUUCCAGAACAGGCUUUGCGGAAUUCUCCAUGCGGGAGCGCGUGCGGGAGAAAUUGCAGGCCGCAAGGUCCAAAGCAGAAAGCGCGUUGCUCCAGGAAAUGCCCACCCCUCGGCCCAGGCGCCUACGAAGCCCCAGUGAGAAAGACCUGGAGACCGACUUUGGCAUGGAGCCAGGCAGAGGGCCACAGAGGACUCCACACGAAGAUGACUCCCAAACGCAUGCGAGAGUGAAGUUCCAUGAUCCUGCACGAAAAAUCAAGUCUAGACCCCCGGUUCCGCCUGGCUUCCCUUCCGCCGAAGAAGCCUAUCACUUCUUUACUUUCAGCUUUGAUCCCGAACCAGAGGAAUCAGAAGAAAAAAGAAAAGUGAGAAGCAGAGAUGGAGCAAACCAGGAGGCGGAGGAAGGAGAAGGAGAGCCACCUGUGCGAGGGGAUGAGGAAGAGCUGCUUCAUGGCAAAGAUGCGAAGGAUUUCCUGUUGGGCUUGGAUCCCAUGGCUGAAGACCUCGUGGCUGUGCGACCCGCCGACUAUGACAGCGCCCAUGUUCGGCUGCAGAAGGAGAAAGAGCUCCUGUUCACACCCAGCAGGCUGACAGUGCCCACGUAUAAAAAGCUUCCCGAGAACGUGCAGCCCCGGUUCCCGGAGGACGAAGGCCUGUACGUCGGCGCCAGGCCGGCGGUGCCGCGCACCACGCAGAACAUCGUGGAGAACAGACUGCUCACGCAGGACCCUGACAGAAAGUGGUUUGGCGAUGACGGCAGAAUCCUAGCCCUGCCAAACCCCAUCCGGCCGUUCCCCGCAAGGCCCCCAGCGCUGGCCCAGGAGAAAGGCGUGAGCGCAGAGCUUGAAACACUGUAUAAAAAGGCGGUCAGAUAUGUGCACAGAAGUCAACAUUUGAUUGGAUCUGGAGACCCUCCUGGGAAUUUCCAACUGGACAUUGAUAUUUCAGGGUUAAUCUUCACUCAUCAUCCCUGUUUCAGUCGAGAGCAUGUUUUGGCAGCCAAGCUGGCCCAAUUAUAUGACCAGUACCUUGCAAGACGCCAGAGGAACAAGGCAAAAUUUCUUUCUGAUAAGCUCCAAGCUCUAAGAAAUGCUGUUCAGACAGGCCUUGAUCCAGCAAAAACUCAAAAGUCUGUUGAUAUAACCCCAAAAGCCAUCAAUGAGUAUAAAUCGGAAAUUCGGCAAACAAGAAAACUCCGUGACGCUGAACAAGAAAAAGAUCGAACAUUGCUUAAGACCAUCAUCAAAGUUUGGAAAGAAAUGAAGUCCCUUCGAGAGUUCCAGAGGUUUACGAAUACACCCUUGAAACUUGUUUUGAGAAAGGAGAAAGUGGACCAGAAAGCUGACGAAGAAGCAUAUGAAGCAGAAAUUCAAGCUGAAGUAAGUGAAUUGUUGGAAGAACUCUCCGAGGAGCACGAGCAGAAGAUGGAGGAGUACAGAACUGCCUAUGAGCAGUGGAAAGCCUGGAAGAAAGCCCAGAGGGCCAAGAAAAAGAAAAAGAAACACGCCGCCGAGGAACAUCCAGAUGAGGACCUGGAGGAGCCAUUUCCUGGCGAGGGUCCGGUGAAGCCCAUCCCUCCGGAGCCGGCCAGCCGGGCGGUGCUGGAGCAGCAGGUGCGGGAGAGAGCAGCCCGGGGCAGGAGGAGGCCUGGGGAGCCCACGCUGGUCCCAGAGCUGAGCCUGGCGGGGAACGUGACGCCCAAUGACCAGUGUCCCAGGGUGGAGGUCUUACGAAGGGAAGACGUCAAGAGGCGCUCGGUGUACUUAAAGGUGCUCUUCAAUGACAAGGAGGUGUCCAGGACCGAAGUUCGGCCACUCGGGGCAGACUUCCGAGUUCACUUCGGACAGAUUUUCAAUUUGCAAAUAGUCAACUGGCCGGAGAGUCUGACACUGCAGGUCUAUGAGACAGUUGGACACAGCGGGACCACCUUGCUCGCAGAAGUGUUCCUGCCUAUUCCUGAAAGUACCGUGGUCAGUGGGAGGGCUCCCACCGAAGAAGUGGAGUUUAGCAGUAACCAGCACGUGACCCUGGACCACGAGGGGGUCGGAAGUGGUGUGCCUGUCUCGUUUGAAGCCGACGGCAGUAACCAGCUGAUUCUGAUGACCUCGGGGAAAGUGUCCAACAGCGUGGCAUGGGCCGUUGGAGAAAAUGGGAUACCUUUAGUCCCUCCACUGUCACAGCAGAACAUUGGAUUUAGGAGUGCUUUGAAAAGAGCAGAUGCCAUCUCAUCCAUUGGCGCCUCGGGACUGACGGACAUGAAAAAGUUGGCCAAGUGGGCAGCAGAAUCCAAGCUCGAUCCAAAUGAUCCCAGCAACGCCCCCCUGAUGCAGCUGAUCUCGGUUGCUACCAGUGGUGAGUCCUAUGUCCCUGAUUUCUUUCGACUGGAACAGCUGCAGCAGGAAUUUAACUUCGUGUCAGAUGAGGAAUUAAAUAGAUCCAAACGAUUCAGGCUUCUGCAUCUUAGAAGCCAGGAGGUGCCAGAAUUCCGAAAUUAUAAGCAAAUUCCAGCAUAUGACCGAGAAAUCAUGGAAAAGGUAUUCCAGGACUAUGAGAAACGGUUACGAGACCGAAAUGUGAUUGAGACCAAGGACCACAUAGAUGGCCAUCGGGCCGUAGUGGCCAAGUACCUCCAGCAGGUUAGAGAAUCAGUGUUAAAUCGCUUCCUAAUUGCAAAACGCCAUUUUCUCCUUACGGAUUUGAUCGUCGAAGAAGAAGUUCCCAAUAUCAGCAUUCUCGGCCUAAGCCUUUUCAAGCUGGCGGAACAAAAGCGACCACUGAGGCCGCGGAGAAAAGGCCGGAAGAAGGUGACCGCCCAAAACCUGUCCGACGGAGACAUAAAGCUGCUGGUGAACAUCAUCCGAGCUUACGACAUCCCGGUGCGGAGGCCGGCAGCAGGCAAAUUCCAGCAGCCGUCAAGGUCUUCAAGGACUUUCAGCGAGAAGCGGGCUGCUUCCCCGCCCACACACAGCCCAGCCCACAGCGCCCACGACCCACUAGGCCAGGUUUUAGUACGUCCUUUUGUAGAGGUUUCUUUUCAACGGACAAUCUGCCAUACCACGACGGCGGAAGGGCCAAACCCCAGCUGGAAUGAAGAGCUCGAACUUCCAUUUAGGGCCCCGAACGGGGACUACAGCAUGGCGAGUCUGCAGUCGGUGAAAGAUGACGUGUUCAUUAAUGUUUUCGACGAAGUCCUAUAUGAUACCUCGGAGGAUGACCGGGAGAGAGGGAGCGGAACCCACACUCGAAUUGAGAGGCACUGGUUGGGAUGUGUGAAAAUCCCAUUUAGCACCAUCUAUUUCCAGGCAAGGAUUGACGGAACGUUUAAAAUAGACAUUCCCCCUGUUCUCCUGGGCUACAGUAAGGAGCGAAGUGUGGUCAUUGAGCGGGGUUUUGACCCCGUCCGAAGCCUAAGCGAAGGCUCCUACAUCACCCUGUUCAUCACCAUCGAGCCUCAGCUGGUUCCCGGGGAGCCGGUUCGAGAAAAGUUUGAUUCUCAGGAAGAUGAGAAAUUACUUCAAGCAGCAGAGAAGUUUCAGGCUGAAUGCGCCUUAAGAUUCCCAAAUCGCCAGUGCCUGACCACAGUGCUCAACCUCAGUGGGAAGACGGUUUUUGUCACUCGUUAUCUCAAGCCUUUGAACCCUCCUCCGGAGCUUCUGGAGGCUCAUCCCAACGACCCGCAGGCGACGGCGGAGCUGGUAGCACGAUACGUGUCGCUGAUUCCGUUCUUGCCCGACUCCGUUUCGUUUGCCGGGAUCUGUGACUUAUGGAGCACGUCCGAUCAAUUUCUGGACCUCCUGGCAGGAGAUGAAGAAGAACACGCAGUCUUGCUAUGUAAUUAUUUCCUCUCCCUGGGUAAGAAGGCCUGGCUCGUGAUGGGCAGUGCUAUCCCUGAGGGCCCGACUGCCUACGUGCUAACUCGAGAGCAAAGUCACUACUUGAUAUGGAAUCCCUGCAGUGGACAUUUUUAUGGCCAGUUCGAUACAUUCUGUCCCUUAAAAAGUGUGGGCUGUUUAAUAGGCCCCGAUAAUAUUUGGUUUAACGUUCAACGAUACGAUUCACCACUAAGGAUAAAUUUUGAUGUCACCAAACCCAAGCUAUGGAAAUCCUUCUUCUCAAGAAGCCUUCCGUACCCUGGCCUCUCCAGUGUCCAGCCGGAGGAGCUGAUUUACCAAGGCUCUGACAAGCCGGCCGCGGCAGAGCUGCAAGACAGGAUUGAAAAAAUAUUGAAAGAAAAAAUCAUGGACUGGAGGCCACGGCGCCUGACCCGGUGGAACAGGUACUGCGCCUCCGCGCUGCGCCACUUCCUGCCUCUGCUGGAAACCGGUCGAGGGGAGGACGCGGAGGACGGGCACAGGGCCCAGCUGCUGAGACAGCUGGGGGACUGCCGGUUCUCCGGAUUUCCCCUUCACAUGCCCUAUUCGGAACUGAAGCCUUUAAUUGAAGCUGUAUACAGCACCGGCGUACAUAACAUAGAUGUUCCUAAUGUUGAAUUUGCUUUAGCUGUGUAUAUCCACCCAUAUCCCAAAAAUGUUCUGUCCGUUUGGAUCUACGUUGCCUCCCUUAUACGUAACCGGUAAUGUUUUCCUUGUAUACUUUUUCUAUCAGGUAAAACUACAGUUAGGGUAUGAGAAUAUUGUUAAGUGAUAUUGAUCAAUUGUAUCACAAAGUAUUUGUAAAUAAAUUUUUCAAA